AUGAAGAUCCUAUCCCCAAUCUGCUACUUGAACAACACUGGCCAUGUCAGCGGCAGUCGGUGGACCCCAGCCGAGAACAAGGCCUUCGAAAACGCUCUCGCCUUUUUCGACGAGAAAACGCCUGACAGGUGGCACAAGGUGGCUGCCAUGGUCCCCACCAAGACCGUGCUCGACAUCAUCAGCCACUACAAGAAACUCGAGUUCGACAUCACCAGCAUCGAGUCAGGCCUCGUCAGAAUCCCCGGAUACUCCGCCACAUCAUCAUCAUCAUCAUCGCAAGAACGCAAAAAAGGCAUCCUGUGGACUGAAGAAGAGCACAAGUUGUUUUUGAUGGGACUGAAAAAGUAUGGGAAAGGAGAUUGGAGGAACAUCUCUCGGAAUUUUGUGGUGACGAGGACUCCGACUCAGGUCGCGAGCCAUGCUCAGAAGUAUUUUAAUCGGCAGCUGUCGCGUGGGAAAGAUAAGAGACGAGCAAGCAUUCACGAUAUUACCACAGUAAACCUCAACGAAAAUCGGAUGGGCUUGUUUCGAGAUGUAUGGUAUUAA